AAAUUGUAAACACAGCUAAAGGUUGAGCUGUCCUUCUCAUGCGAUAGCGGACGAACAGUUUCGCUUUCCGCCUGUCUUCAGAGACACUGUCAAGACACAAGGAUAUAGCACCAGAUUGAUGGAGAAGGAUGGCACGAAUUUCGUUGGAUUGCCCCAACUCUUUACAAGGGAUCCCCCUCAGUGUGCUGUCAGUGCCCAUGGAGAAUAAAUACAAAUGUCAGCAGUGUCUCCAGGUCCUGAGGAAGCCUGUCCAGGCUCAGUGUGGCCACCGCUUCUGUGUACACUGCUUCAAGCAGCUCACCAGUUCUGGGCCAAAGCCUUGUGAAGCCUGCCGCCAAGAGGAGAUAUAUGAGGAACCCAUUUCCAUUCUAAAUAGCAAUGAGGCAUUUCCGGACAAUGCAGCCGGUAGAGAAAUAGCAAGUCUUCCUGCCAGGUGUCUAAACCAAGGCUGUAAUUGGACAGGCUCAAUAAAAGAAUAUGAGGCUCAGCAUGAAGGUCGCUGUGAAUUUGAACGGAUGCAGUGUGAGGCCUGCCAAAUGUCAAUCCUUCGUACGGAGAAGGACAGACACAAUGAGAGAGAAUGUGAAGCAAGAACGCUCAACUGUAAAUACUGCAAAAUGACCUUCAACUUUAAAGACAUCAAGGCGCAUGAUGAAAUCUGUCUGAAGUUUCCAUUACAAUGCAAGGACUGUGGCAAGAAGAAGAUACCAAGAGAAAAGUUCAGUGACCACAGCAAAACAUGUGCCAAGUCAAAGAGUGCCUGUCCAUUCAGUGAUGUGGGCUGUAAAUCUGUGAUAGACAACGGGAAGCUGAGCGACCAUGAGCACAGCAGCACCAUGGAGCACUUGCGUCUGCUGCUGCCCAUGGUGCUGUCCAUGGCUCGGACUCGUGCUGAUGCUGUACCUCAGGGAGAGUGGCAGGAGGACUCAGGUCUGGGCCUGUACAGGGCUCCUGAGGAGGGAGUUCCUAUGGGCUUGGGAGCUGCAGCCUCCUUGCAUUCUGUGGACGUGGACAAAAAGGUGAAUGCUUUAGAGAACAUUGUAUGUGUCCUGAACCGAGAGGUGGAGCGCAGCUCAGUUACAUUGGAAGCUUUCUCGCAUCAGCAUCGUUUAGACCAAGAAAAAAUCGAAAACCUCUCCAACAAAGUGCGUCAGCUAGAGCGGACAGUCAACAUGAGAGACUUGCAACUGUCUGAAACUGAGCAGCUGGUGCGAGAGCUGCAGUUCUGCACCUACGAUGGAAUAUUUGUGUGGAAGAUCUCUGACUUCUCCCGCCGCAGACAGGAUGCUGUGGCCGGUCGAGCACCUGCAAUGUUCUCACCAGCCUUUUACUCCAGCAAGUACGGCUACAAAAUGUGUCUGAGGCUGUAUUUGAAUGGUGACGGGACAGGGCGAGGAACGCAUCUUUCGCUGUUCUUCGUUGUCAUGAGAGGAAAAUGCGACGCUCUGCUCAAAUGGCCAUUCAGUCAGAAGGUGACUCUGAUGCUUUUGGAUCAGAACAACAGGGAGCACAUCAUCGACGCUUUCCGUCCUGAUGUGAGUUCCACAUCCUUUCAACGGCCCAUCAGCGAGAUGAACAUCGCCAGUGGCUGCCCGCUUUUCUGUCCGCUGGCUAAACUGGCUGGCAAGAGCCCCUAUCUGCGAGAUGAUACGAUUUUCAUCAAAGCUAUUGUCGAUCUCACAGGCUUGUAGGGUGUAGUCUGUGGAAGGUACACCAAAGCAUGUAAACCAAAAAACACAAAAAUUGAAAAUUAAUAGUUAUAUUACUAAUAAUGAAAUAUCUAUAUGAUAUUAUCAUAAUAAGAAUGAUAAUAUAUUAAGAUGUAACUAUGGUAUUACACAAUAUAUCUACACUAUACUUUUAAGAACGUCUUCAGGUGUCACAUGACAGAUGAAGGGUGUGUAGAAUAAUCGUGAUGGUGGGUCUUUAAUGGUUAUGGUAUCCAUCUUUCGUGAAGCAAUUGGAUAUAAAACAUUUAAGAUAUUUCUCUUUAAUGUCUUGUGCAUUCACACAAAAAGUUUCAACUAUAAAGUUGUCAGUAGGCGUUAAGAAGAAGUGCUUAAAAGAGAAUGAGACAGAACUCAAGGAGGUCAUCUGUCAUCCUAAUGUGA